AUGGACCCGGGCCUGAGCGUCUUGGCCGAUUUCAACCCGGUGCAGCUCGCUCGCAGCGACCGGCUCAUCCACCCGGGUUAUGCUUACACGGUGAACAACACGGGUCGUGCUCAGGGCCGAUGGAAGGAGUGCAAAGAGUCAAUCCUGACGCAUUCGCUCGACGCUGAUACUUCGAAGCUACAGCCUCCCGCCGAGUACAAGGAAUGUCCGGCCUUGCCGUAUCGCAGACGUGCAAAGACCGAACCGGACGAAUACAUCAAAUAUGCGCCACCAACUGCUGGACAGCUGGACGAGACGGUGGAAUAUGAGCAGGACGGCAUGGACAACCUCUGGCUGAAAGCAGUUAAUGAAGGGCGUCCAAAGAAGUCUCAGAUAGACCCGGAUCUCUUCUGCCAGAUCAUCGACCGCCUGGAGAAGGAGAGCAAAUUUCAGCCCAAAAAACUAGAGGGCUACCUGAGCAAAUGCAGCGAGGAUGAUUUGUGCACGGUGUGCAACGACGCCGAGGAUGAUGAUUGCAACAAAAUUCUUUACUGCGACAUGUGCAAUGUGGCUGUACAUCAGGAGUGCUACGGUGUCCCGUGCAUCCCGGAAGGCUCGUGGAUGUGCCGUCGCUGCAAACUUUCCCCAUCAGCCACGGUGAAAUGCCUGCUGUGCCCGAACACCGGCGGUGCCUUCAAAACUACCGUUGACAACAAUUGGGCGCACGUCAUCUGCGCGAUAUGGCUCAACGAGGUUCACUUCCUCAACCCAAUCUUCCUUGAACCGAUCGAGGGCCAUCAGACGUGUCUUGCCGUUCGCUCCAAGCUGAAGUGCUUGAUAUGCUCGAGAAAACAAGGUGCCUGCGUCCAAUGUUCGCACAAGAGCUGCGCACGGGCCUUUCAUGUCACCUGCGCCCAAGCGGCCGGCUUGUGCAUGAAUGUGAGCCAGUACGAUGACUCGGACGCCUCGGAAAAGGUCGACGUCCAGCGCAAGCUCUACUGCCCUCUCCACGAGCCCGAUGAACAAGGAAAUCCAAAAAAGAUUUAUGCGCGCAACGAUCCGCACAAGGAGGAGCUGCUGAAGGCCAUGGAAAUAAGAUUUCGAGCGGUCGCCAAAGAACUACGCAACAAGAAGCACACCUUUUUGCCGAUUAACGUGCCCUCAAUCUCACAGGACAAUAUUGAUGCCAUCGCGAAGAAAUUCCGGGCGGAAGCGCAUAUGAAAAAGGUGGUCGACUACUGGUAUCUGAAGCGGAAGCAGCGGUGCGGUGUCCCGCUGAUACCUCGUUUGCAGGCCGAGCUGGAGUCGCGCAAUCUGCCCACGCUGAACCCUAUGGACGAUCCGUCGAUUAGUGACAAGCUGCACGAGUUCAGGGCUAUUCGAAGUGACGUCGAAAAGCUGCGUAUGCUGGCGGAAAUGUGCAAGAAGCGCGAAGCGUACAAACUUGAGCACUGGACGGCGACGUGCAGCGCCUUUGCCAUGGCAUUCAAGCCGCCUUCUGACCACAUGGAAGAGCUACUGACAGCUAUCUCGAAGCGGGACGCGAAAGAUGUAUUCGCCGAACCCGUAGAAAAUACUGUAUCUGGCUACCGCAGAGACAUCCCCAAGCCGAUGGACCUGAAAACAAUGAGGAGUAAAUUGGAAAAUGGCCGAUACAAUACGAUCGAUGAUCUCCGCAACGACUAUGUGCUGAUGUGCAAUAAUUGUGAAAAGUUCAACACGAAAUAUUCCAACCCAUACUACGUGGACUACGUCAAAAAGUACCGCAGAAAGUGCGAUGCGAUUUUUGCCAACUUUGAGGAACGGAUCAACUGCUCCGAUUCGUGCAUCAAAAAUGACACCGAGGGCUACACCAAGGAAAUUUGUCGGAUGAAUUUCUACGAAGGCAGCGGCAGUGCGGAGCGGGUCAAGGAAAACGCGCCAAUAGAAGAUGAGCCUGAGCCGGAAGAGACGAAGCCGGUGGUGAACCUCUUUUUGCAGCAUCCGAAGGCCACUCCAGUGCUGAAUAUCAUCAACCGAAAGCGUGCCGCCCAGCCACUGCUUUCGAGUGCUAGGAGACGGAAGAUUGAGGCUCCAGAUCCCCGACAAGCCAGCAUCACCAAGUUCUUCACGUCGGAGAACAAGCCGCCUGUGCCUGGAUCCACAGAACGCAUGCAGACUCGUAACCAUCCGUUCGAGUCGUUCCGCCAGAAUUCGGUGGCGUCCCCGAAAACCGAAGCCGUCUCGUCAGCGGAAUACUCCACUGAAGAUGAUACGCCCAUGAGGAAAAAGACACGCCCCGACCGCUCUCGCCGAUCCAGGAUCGCCCCACAGCCACGGGCGAUGAACAGCCUCGGCUUGUACCACAACGACAUUGUGCACGUAACGGUCCCCGGUGAUAUCAAGCAAACCCGCUACUAUUUUACCAAGAAAAAGUCCUGUUACAAGGACCGUACCUUCAUCGGCCGCUACCUGGACGAGUGCAACGCGUUGGCCGAUCCCAGCGUCCCGCCCAUUGCCAAGGAGAAGCUGCGGAAGGGCGGUCGGCCAGCCGGAGAAUACCUGUACAUCCUGCCCUUCACCGAUCAGCAAGCCGGAGAAUGGCAACCGCACUCCCGCAUCCGGCUCUACAACUUUGACAACGCACCACCCGUCCCGCGCCACAACAAGCAACUCCGCCUUGCCACCGAGUUUAGGAACCGCAUCCAGUCACAAGCCCUCGCGGCCAAG